AUGGUUGCUCAAAUUGAUUUACAAAACUGCCUCGAAUGGGCUCAAAAUAAUGGGGCCUUCAUUGAUCCGAAGAUUUCCUUCAAGAUCACACAAGAGGCUGGUGUUAGUGCUUUUGUGAACGAGAAUUUUUCUCCCAGACCUGACCAAGCUUUGGUCAGGGUACCCGAAGUCUUGCUCAUUACUUCUCAGCAAGCAUUGUCAGAAUUCCCCCAGGCUGUCAGUGAAAAGAAUCUUUUAAGUUCUGUCACCCAGUUGUAUUUGUCGAAGUUGAAAUUCGGUCCCGAUGCUGUUCACCUGAAGUCGUUUUAUAAGCCAUAUUUGGAUGUGCUACCCCUAAAUCUCCCACAGCCAUAUUUUUGGUGCACCGAUGAAGUCGUAAACCUGCAUGGUACAGACGUGUAUUUGACCAUGAGAGAUACCUUGAACAAGCUAGCAGAGGAGUGGAGGCAGCUUUUUCAGGCCCUGUCCAUUGAACACGCUGCGCAAGACAAGCAGUUCUUAUCUCUUUUCCAGGGCAGUGGCAAGUCUGCUGUAGUGCCAUUGGAACAGUUUUGCGCACACAUCAAUUUGCAUAAACCAGAAGCUUCAGAAUGGAAUUCGUUUGCAGCGUACCUUUGGUCUCACUGCAUCUUUAAUUCAAGGGCAUUUCCUCGCAUUAUCUUGAAUAGGGCCGACACGGACAGUACUAAUCUAAACGAGGGGUUUUUGUACCCGAUAGUAGACUUUCUAAAUCACAAAAACGACGUACCAGUGAAAUGGGUGAUGAAUGAAGACAAUGAACUCUGUUUUAUGUCACAAUCUGCCACAUUUAGUGCGCAGGAAGAACUUUUUAACAAUUAUGGCAAUAUCUCCAACGAAAAAUGUUUGUUGAACUACGGGUUUUGGGACUCGUCCAAUAAGUAUGAUUUUUCCAGAUUAACUUUAAAGCUUCCCUCUGCCCUACCUAAAAGUAUCCCGGUAGAUUUUAAUAAAUCAGGUAAUUCUGUUAAUGACGAUGGGAACACUACUAUCCUGCAGUUUAAUUUGAAGCCAUCUGAACCGAUACCUUCGACUUUACUAGCACUAUUUACCUACCUAAGCAAAUUGAAAUGUGAAGAGGCUCCCACCGUAAGGAGUGCAUUGCAGGGUGUUGACCAACUUUCUUCUGUGGUGUCCCAGAGGCAACUGUUUUAUAAGAAUUUUAAACUCAAAACCUCCUCCAAUCAAAAUUUACGCCCUCAUAUCAUCAAAUUAAUCAAAUUAUACUAUCAAGACAAUAAAAAAAUUCUGAAUUCCACCAUCGAAAAAUUGUCCGUUUUGCAGAAGAGGAUAUUUAACGCCAACAAGGAGUUCUCUCUGUCAUUCAAGACAAUUUUCAAGAAUGAAAAAACUUUUGCUAAUUCUCUGUUAUUGAUAUUUGGUGCCAUAAAAUACGAAGACCUAAUUACCAAGGACUGUGUCAAUGACGCGUUGUUGCUCUGGAUAGUCAAAUCGGUUAACGAUAAAACCAGUAAGCAGGAUAGUUUUAUAAAACAAACGUUCAAAGAAGUUAGUGAUUCAAUCGUUAUUGAAAAAGAAGACGUUACGCAGUUCCUAUCAUUCUAUAAGAAGUAUUUCCCCAACUUAUCGGAAAAAAUACCAGAAAUCUACAACGUCGGCGAUUGGGGGAUAAGACAGUUCAUUGUGGCAGAUACCGUCAUCGAUAGAUUGGUUUGGAUUAGGAAGUCGAGUAAUGAACCUAUCUUUUUAAUGAAAAGAGCCUACGAAGUGCAGAUUUAA